GCUCCAUCUAGCACGUCUGGUUGAAUUUCACGGCUGCUGUUUUUCGCUCUGCUUCAUACCAAUCUCACAGCGGAUCAAUUCGGAGGAACAAAUCGGGACCUUAGGAGGUUUUUGGUGGAAUACUACGCAGCAUCCGCUACUCUCUAUCGUUUAGCGCCAUCUUCAAGUCCCUCUUGCAUUCCUGGACUCCUAUUGUUUUUAACUCUUCCGUGACGAAUCAAGCUAAGGUUACACACUAAAGAAUAAAAAACUAUGGAUAAAGCGGAGCUUAUUCAGAAGGCCAAGUUGGCGGAGCAAGCCGAGCGCUACGAUGACAUGGCCGCCUCGAUGAAGGAGGUAACGGAACAGGGGGGCGAGCUGUCAAACGAGGAGAGGAACCUGCUAUCUGUCGCAUACAAGAACGUGGUCGGAGCACGGCGGUCGGCAUGGAGGGUGAUCUCCAGCAUCGGACAGAAGACGGAGGGAAGCGACAAGAAGCUCGCAAUGGUCAACGAAUACCGGGAGAAGGUGGAGGGCGAGCUGAGAGAUAUCUGCAACGACGUACUGGAACUGCUGAAUAAAUAUUUAAUUGAGAACUCCACAAAUGCUGAAAGCAAAGUCUUCUAUCUUAAGAUGAAGGGCGACUACUAUAGAUACCUUGCCGAAGUUGCCUCUGGGAAUGACAAAACAGCAACCAUAGAGCACUCUCAGGAGGCGUACCAGCAGGCGUUUGACAUCAGCAAGAAGGAGAUGGACCCCACGCAUCCCAUCCGCCUGGGCCUGGCCCUCAACUUCUCAGUCUUCUUCUAUGAGAUCCUCAACUCUCCAGAGAAAGCCUGCUCACUGGCCAAACAGGCAUUUGAUGACGCCAUUGCAGAGCUGGACAAACUGAACGAGGAGUCAUACAAAGACAGCACACUCAUCAUGCAGCUGCUCAGAGACAACCUGACAUUAUGGACAUCCGAUAACGCGCCUGAGGAAGGCGAGGCUGGAGAAGCUGGAGAAGCCGGCGAAGCCGGAGAGAACGAGAACUGAAACUCACACAGGGUCAUCUCUCCAAAAAAAAAAAGAACCUUUUUACACAUCUCCAUUCCUUUAUUGCUCCACUUAAAGUCUUUUAGCAAUGAAACCCAUUACUGAACAAAAGCUGCAUGUGGAAAUUCCAAAAUAAUUUGACUUUUCACACUGCAGGUUUUGUGCAAAUAAAAGAAAGAAAAAUAUUGAUUGAGGGAGGGAAUGAAACCUCCAUUCCUUGGUUUGUUUGUCCUGACCUUCCAUACGUGCAGUUUCUCCUGUUAGAAAAGUAUUAAUAGCUUCUUUUUAUCAAUGUUUUAGUCCAAAUUAGAGGAAAAAAUAAGACAUUCUAGGGCUUUUUGCUGAGCUACAGAAUCUUAGUCCCAUCAAAACACAAGGGGAGUUAAGAUGUUGUUAGAACAGGGGUGUUAAACAAAUUCGAUGAAUUGUUCACCUCACCCUCCAUAGGCUUGUUCUCUAUUUCUCCACACGGUUAUCUUGUAUGGUUACAGCUGCUGACGUCCUCCACACGGUUAUCUUGUAUGGUUACAGCUGCUGACGUCCCCCACACGGUUAUCUUGUAUGGUUACAGCUGCUGACGUCCCCACACGGUUAUCUUGUAUGGUUACAGCUGCUGACGUCCUCCACACGGUUAUCUUGUAUGGUUACAGCUGCUGACGUCCUCAACACGGUUAUCUUGUAUGGUUACAGCUGCUGACGUCCCCCACACGGUUAUCUUGUAUGGUUACAGCUGCUGACGUCCUCCACACGGUUAUCUUGUAUGGUUACAGCUGCUGACGUCCUCCACACGGUUAUCUUGUAUGGUUACAGCUGCUGACGUCCUCCACACGGUUAUCUUGUAUGGUUACAGCUGCUGACGUCCUCAACACGGUUAUCUUGUAUGGUACAGCUGCUGACGUCCAAUGUGAACAAGUGUAAUUGUUCCUUGCUGCAGGGAGGGCCAGUCAAUGAGCUGGCACCAAGUAUCGCAGCCAGGUGAUUUCCAUUGGUUCUGACCGUUUUUCCUCGCUCCCCCCUGGUUAUGACAUUUACAAUAAAGCAUGUCUGGUUGAAGAGAAGAGGUGGGGGCUUUCUGAAGACCAAAACAAAAAGAAAUACUCCUACAUGCAUGUAAUUUAAUAGUACACUGGAAUGGGAACCAAUGCUCUAUACACACCAAGUCCAAAUGUCCAAUUUAGUACUUUUCAAUGCAGGUUUGUGCACAUGUUAAUUAACAAGGGUGUGUGGUUAGUCCAGUGAUUGUCAUUAGAGAUUUGGACCACUAUGUUUUUGCUAAUCAUCGAUUGUAGUUCCCAAAAGCCUCGUGGAAAUGCCCAAUGUAUCAGCUAUGUAACAUGAAUAAAAAUGAAAUUUUAUAAACCCA